GCCGGGCCACUCGGUCACCUAGUGUUAUCCUCUACAGUGUGUUGUGCUGUGCUAUAGUCGGCGCGCGUCCCGUCGUUUAGUGUGCCGUUUGUUUGUGGUCGCGGCUCCUAAGCACACUGUCCAUCACGCGCUCUCAUCUUUCCUACUCUGCGGACAUAAUUUAUCUUCGAAUAUUUUUAUACCAGCAAAUUUCGUCAGCUCUAAUUGAUAUUGUUGUUUUGUAUUACAUUAUUGAACGUGUCAGCCGUUGACGACGACGCCCGAUCAUAACGCGUUGUGUAUAUCGACCGUUCGAUGGUGGUGAUGUGUAGCAUGUUAUUAUUGCUGUCUUUCGUCCAGUCCCCGUACUGCUACGUCCGUCCCGCUGUACCUGCCCGCUGCCGUGCCGAGAACGUGUCAUUCUGAAGAAACAGAGGCCGUUGUCACUGCCAUUAAUCUUCAUAACGUAACAAGCGUAAAAUCUGUACAGUAAUCACGGUUGUUGUUGUUGUUCAUUAGGUUGUGCAACGGGACGACGUCAUAAAUAUAGUUCACCUUAAGCCUAUACUACAGAAAUAUGGGCUGUUUUGGUAGCAAAGAUAAACUAUCUAAAGAGGAUAUGGAUUUCCUCAAGUCGCACACCAGGUACGACGAAGCAACCAUUAAAGAAUGGUAUAAAGGAUUCAAACAAGAUUGUCCAAAUGGUCGCCUGACACCGGCCAAAUUUGUUGACAUGUAUAAAAUGUUCUUUCCCAGCGGCAACGCCGAAGAGUUUUGUGACCAUGUGUUCCGAACAUUUGAUAUGGACAAAAACGGAUAUAUAGACUUCAAAGAAUUCCUAUUAGCCAUUGACGUUACGUCGUCCGGCACGCCAGAAGAAAAAUUAAAAUGGGCGUUCAGGAUGUAUGACGUAGACGGUAACGGCGUUAUUGACAUUCAAGAAAUGACUAAAAUCGUUCAGGCUAUUUACGACAUGUUGGGAGCGUGUUCGUCUAAUCGCCCAGCCGAUUCUGCUGAAGACAGGGCGAAAAAUAUAUUCGCUAAAAUGGACGAAAACAACGACGGUCAGCUUACCCAAGACGAAUUCCUCAAAGGCUGCCUGCAAGACGAAGAACUAUCUAAAAUGCUCGCACCAUAACCUCUGCCUCAGCUGGCGUGAGAGCCUUAAAAAGAACUCAUAUUUUGUCACGUUUUUUUAUAUAUCUUUUUCUCGUCCCCGUAGGGUACGCCUUUGAUGGUGCCAAAAAAAAAAAAAAAAGAAAGUAAAUAAGAA